AUGCCUAAGAUACAAAUUCUCUCCGUGUGUAUCAAGUCCGAUGCCCCAUGGCAAUCGAAAAGCACGAAGCGCAAAGGACAUCAUCCGUACAGCCGAAGUUUCGGACGUGAUCCUAUUGUCUUACAGAACCGUCUUGCCUACGAGUGGCCGAUGUUGCUCCCCGUUGUUUAUGUGACUGCGCUUCUGGUGGCUGUAUUGCUGGUGAACACCUGGUCGACUCUCUGGUCUGCCGCCGUCAGACCUGGUGGCAAGGGUUACUUCAUGAGGGAGCCUCUUGGCGCACUGAACUGUGUGGUUCUGAACUGGGCACCUGCACAUAGGAAUUGGAGCCUAAGCAAGGAUAGGGGUAUUCAAUCAAGCACCAUACCGCCAUUCAUCAUGACCGUUUGCCCUGCAAGAGAUUGGGAUAUUAAGGCUCCCACCAGAACGAAGACCUGGCCGCGUAACAACCUUACCUGUAAUGAAAUAUGCCUCGGGUUUCACCAAAUAGGCGACCCAACUGGCGACGGCAUCCGGCUCGGCGACCGCCGCACCAUUGCUGGCAUCCAGUGCAGCGUCCACUGGAAAAGGGAAAUCAUGCCAAGAUAA